GCCGCCGCGUCUCCGGCGGCUUCCCUCCCCGCCCCCCCACCCCCCCGCGGCUCUGGGUGACGCUUCUCCAAUAACAGCUCGCGGGGAGCCGCCGCUCCGGGUGCCCCCCGCGCCGGCCCCGCCAGCCCCGCCCCGCAGCCGGCAUGAGGGCCGCGGGCGACGGCGGCCUGGAGCGCUUCUGCAGCCCCGGCAAGGGCCGGGGGCUGCGGGCCCUGCGGCCCUUCCACGUGGGGGACUUGCUCUUCUCCUGCCCGGCCUACGCUUACGUGCUCACGGUCAACGAGCGGGGCAACCACUGCGAGUACUGCUUCGCCAGGAAAGAAGGAUUGUCCAAAUGUGGAAGAUGCAAGCAGGCAUUUUACUGCAAUGUGGAGUGUCAGAAAGAAGAUUGGCCCAUGCACAAACUGGAAUGUUCUCCCAUGGUUGUUUUUGGGGAAAACUGGAAUCCCUCAGAGACUGUGAGGCUGACUGCAAGGAUUCUGGCCAAACAGAAAAUCCACCCAGAGAGAACGCCUUCAGAGAAGUUGUUAGCUGUGAAGGAGUUUGAAUCACAUCUGGAUAAACUAGACAAUGAGAAGAAGGACUUGAUUCAGAGCGAUGUUGCUGCCCUUCAUCACUUCUACUCCAAGCACCUCGAAUUUCCCGACAGUGAUAGCCUGGUGGUCCUCUUUGCCCAGGUUAACUGUAAUGGCUUUACAAUUGAAGAUGAAGAGCUCUCUCAUUUGGGAUCAGCAAUUUUUCCUGACGUUGCACUCAUGAAUCAUAGUUGCUGCCCCAAUGUCAUUGUGACCUACAAGGGGACGCUAGCAGAAGUGAGAGCUGUACAGGAAAUCAACCCGGGAGAGGAGGUUUUCACCAGCUACAUCGACCUCCUGUACCCAACCGAAGACAGGAACGACCGGUUAAGAGAUUCCUACUUCUUCACCUGCCAGUGCCAGGAGUGCACCACCAAAGACAAGGAUAAGGCCAAGGUGGAAAUCCGGAAGCUCAGCGAUCCACCAAAGGCGGAAACCAUCCGUGACAUGGUCAGAUACGCACGCAACGUCAUCGAGGAGUUCCGGAGGGCCAAGCACUACAAAUCCCCUAGUGAGCUGCUGGAGAUCUGUGAGCUCAGCCAGGAGAAGAUGAGCUCCGUGUUCGAGGACAGCAACGUGUACAUGUUGCACAUGAUGUACCAGGCCAUGGGUGUCUGCUUGUACAUGCAGGACUGGGAAGGAGCCCUGCGAUACGGACAGAAGAUCAUUAAGCCCUACAGCAAACAUUACCCUCUGUACUCCCUCAAUGUGGCCUCCAUGUGGCUGAAGCUGGGAAGGCUGUACAUGGGCCUGGAAAACAAAGCUGCUGGAGAAAGAGCCCUGAAGAAGGCCAUCGCGAUAAUGGAAGUGGCUCAUGGGAAAGACCAUCCGUACAUUUCCGAGAUCAAACAGGAGAUUGACAGCCACUGAAACUACGCCUACAUGUUAGUUUUUAUUUAAAUGUUACUGCAGAAGCCUUCAAGGAUUUGAAUAUUUCAUUCAAGUUGUACACAUCACUCCCGCAUUUCUGUGAAAUCAUUGGAAUGAAAAACAAUACCUGCCCUUAAACCUUACACACGGCCCCCCCUGGAAAUUGGUCUUAAUCUUGAAUCUUAAUACCAAAGUAAUUUUUGAAUGCUUUUCUCCCCCGCCGCCCCCCCCAAGAGAUAAUGGCAUGGUUUCAAAUAUCAUAUACUUUGGAAAGAUUGAAUUAAAAUAUGCGAUUCUUUUCCCUUUCAUGCCUGUUCUAAUGUGCUGAACAAACCUGGACGAUGAAAGAGAAUAAAACAGAUAAUGGUA